AUGGUUCUCCUCGUUACUUCCGACAAUGAACAAUUCACCACCGAGCGCGAGAUCGUCGAGCGCUCCGUGCUGAUCAAGAACAUGCUGGAGGAUGUCGGCGAGACAGAUCAACCUAUCCCCCUUCCCAAUGUCUCGUCGAGUGUCUUGAAGAAGGUCCUGGAGUACUGCGAGCAUCACCGCGGUGAACCCCUUCCUUCAGCGGACAGUGACCAAAGCCAGGACGAGACGCGAAAGCGCUCGACCGAUAUCAGUGAAUGGGACCAAAAGUUCAUAAACGUGGACCAGGAGAUGCUUUUCGAAAUCAUCCUUGCCGCGAAUUAUCUCGAUAUCAAAUCACUUCUCGAUGUUGGAUGCAAAACUGUAGCGAACAUGAUCAAAGGCAAAACCCCUGAGGAAAUCCGUAAGCUGUUCAAUAUUGUGAACGACUUCACACCCGAGGAGGAGGCCCAAAUCAAGAAAGAAAACGAAUGGGCUGAGGAUCGAUGA